AUGUUCAAAAUACUUCUGAUUUUCGGUGUGGCUCUGGCAACCGUGUCGGCGCAGUUCUUCGGAGGUGGCGAGUCCGGAGGAUUGGGCGAAGGUGGAUUUGGUGGAUUCGGUGGUGGCGGUUCCGGUGAAGACCACAAAGAUUAUUAUGCCUAUCCUAAGUACAAGUUCGAGUACGGUGUGAAAGAUCACAAAACGGGUGAUCAUAAAAAUCACUGGGAGAUUCGUGAUGGGGAUGUAGUGAAGGGCGAAUACUCGCUGCAUGAGCCCGACGGUACGCAACGUGUGGUCGAGUAUAAAUCCGAUAAGCAUACAGGUUUCGAAGCUCACGUGAAACGGAUCGGUCAUGGAGGACACCCACAGCUGUACGGUGGCCAGGAGGAAAGCAUCGGUGGCAACGAGGGAGGCGGCUACGAACACGGUGAUGCCUUCAGUUAUAGCAACCUACAACGUCAUCUGUAA